AUGAUUCCUUCAGACGGCUUCUCUGAACAGGAACAGCAGGGUGUUCUUCGCGCGCAGAGCCCAAGGGAAGGAGCUACUGAGGUCAUCUUUACUCAGGCCGGCAUAAAUUGGCGCAUGGUGGAUCUAUGUGGUCAAACUCUGGAAAGAAAGAAGUGGAUGCCGUGCCUUGGAGACGUGGAUUGUCUCGUAUUCGUGGUCGCGCUAUCUAGCUAUGAUCAUUGUCUAGCUGAGGGUCACUGUACUGUGCGUGUCAAGUCAAGUAUUGUGUAUGACGUCGAGUUCUAA